AUGGAUCAGAAUCCGUGCCAGAUCCAGGUGGGGCCUGAGACGGACGUACCAUCAACCCCACUGAUUCUCUUCCAUGAUGCGGGAGGCACCGUCUUCCCGUACUUUUGCCUGGGGGAUCUGCGCCGACCGGUCUAUGCCAUCGGCAACACCCAUUUCGAUCGGGGAGGGAAAUGGAGCCAUGGUAUUCGUGAGAUGGGUGUUGUCUAUGCGCACUUGCUUCGGUCGGUCAUUGGCUCGGGGAACGUCAUCUUAGGAGGGUGGUCGCUUGGUGGCUGUGUGGCUUUAGAAGUUGCCUCCCGACUCAUGCAACUCCCCCAAUACUCGGUGCGUGGUGUGGUCAUGAUUGACACCGUCUUCCCGACGCGCACUGUCACCGACCAGUACCCACGGACGAUCGCCGAGGUAGCUGCCAGCUUUCAGCUGCCAACCCAGAUGACUGAGACCCGGUGGACCCAGGCGCAGCAGUGCAUCCUGCAUGCCCAUGAGAUGCAGCGUGACUGGCGGCCUCCACGGUUUGCAUCCGGACCGCCUCCGGCCGUGCUCGUGCGGGCGGCUGAUCCGGUGCAUCUUGACCCCGAGACGACUCCCCACUACAUCGACCUUGUGAGGGGUUCAUCUUAUCUGGGGUGGGAAGAGUACGACAUAAGCUUCAUCCAAACCUGCUUGGAAAUUCCGGGAAAUCAUUUUACCCUGUUUGAUGACCCCCAUAGUGACCAAGCAGCGGCUCAAAUCCGCGAGGCGUGUGCGAUAUUGGCGCCAUCGCAUGAGUAG